CCCCAGUUAGAAGCACUUCACAAAAAAGAAAAAAAAACAAACUUCAUUUUUAUUUGAUUAGUUGAAGUUAGCAAUUAUGGCUUACCAGCAGCAGCAUCCCAUUCCAGGACCGAGCUCGGGUUCAGGUUCAGGUCCGGGUGGAUUCCAUUUUAUGAAUUCUCCAUUUGGGGACACGACUUUCACUAAGGUUUUUGUUGGAGGGUUGGCUUGGGAGACUCAGAGUGAAACCAUGAGACGCUACUUUGAGCAAUUUGGGGAGAUACUUGAGGCUGUGGUCAUCACUGAUAAAAAUACUGGCCGAUCCAAAGGAUAUGGUUUUUGCUCUGUCAAUAAAUUAAUCAAUUUCCAGUUUUCUGUUUCUUCUUUACUUGUGACUUUCCGUGACCCUGAAUCAGCUAGAAGAGCGUGUGCAGAUCCAACUCCAAUUAUUGAUGGGAGGCGAGCAAAUUGUAAUUUGGCAUCACUUGGGAGACCUCGUCCAGCAGUUCCUUUCGGACGCCUUAGAUCUCCGGCACCUUACCUUGGAGGCAUACCGGCAGCUAGGGGUGCUUAUCCUGGAAGUUAUGGCUACCAGCAACCAGUUACAUAUGGAUUUCAACAAGGCUUGAUGUAUUCUCCUUAUGGGUAUACUGCAUACAGUCCAGACUAUGCUUAUCCUCAGGGUGUUUACAAUCCAUAUGGGAAUCAACAGUUCCUUCAGAUAUAUGGCGUGCCAGGAACUGUUGGCACAACUAUGUAUCCUUAUAGCCAGUUGAGUCAGGCAAGUCCAGGAAGUCACAGUUAUUCUGCAUUGCCUGGAUAUGCAAUGCCAGGUCAUCAGAUAAUGCAGUUUGGUGGACCAAGUGCCAAUGUGAUGACAUCAUCCUCUGUUCCAACUAUUCCAGUGCCAUAUCCUGCAGGUGCCAUUCCACAACAACCACAAUUCAUACUACCUGCACAUGCUCCUCAAUUCAUGCCAGGUGGCGGUUCUGACCAAAACGCUGGGUUCCCUUAGAUUGCAGCAGGACUAAGAACAGCGGCAUUGCCACUUGGUUGGCAGGCUUCAAAUCUAGCCUUGCAAAUUAUUCGUUUUGCAUUCUAGUGGUCUUAAAAUUGUUACGCUCACCAGAGAAGUCAAAAAAAGUCUGAGUCUCACCUUAUGAUGGAGGGAGGAAUUUAACUUCCUGUAUAUCUAAAAAAAAUACUUGUAUUUUCUGCUAGCCUUCUGGAUGACUAGCAGACCAAGUCAAUGGACGAACGGUAGCUAGAAUGGGUUUUCUAGCUCCCGAUCUUUGGAAAUAAUGAACCAUGUGAA